AUGACAGCGGAUGAUGGACACACAGGCCUUUGUCAAGAUUGUGGUGCAGCCAAUCGCGAGAUCUUCAAGGACAUCAGUGACGGAGGACUGUACUGCAAAGAGUGUUGGGUACUUUACUAUGGCAGGCUUCCGUUGCAGCAGUUUGCACCUUCGCGAAGUGCCGAAAGAGACCUGCCGAGCUCACAACUGGAGGACUUGCUUCCAGAGGAUGCGCCAAAGCGCCAUGUGGCCCACGGCGUGGUCAAAUAUGCAGCUGGCAAGAAAGCUUUCUGCUUUCGCUGGCAGGCAGCUGGGCAAAGCAUCCAUUUUCAGACAACAAUACCGGCUGCUGGUGGCUCGCGAACGGCAGCUGCGGUCAUUGCAAGAUCAUGCUACGUCAAGUUUGAGCAAGGCUGGACGAAGGACCGGGUCCGCGACUUCAGGAACCAGUGCUAUGCAAAACUUGGAGGACGAGUCCUCACAAGCUCUCCUCUGCAAAAGAGCUUUAGCCAAGGCACCAAGGAGUCCGUGCACGAGGCGAAAGAAUCAGAUCCUCGUGCCGUCGCAAGUCGCGGGCAGUCCAAGUCACAAGCCCAAUGCAAGGGGCAUCGAGCGCACCUCAUGCCCGAAACGCUUCAUCCGGCGAAGCGGCCGCGCAUAGAUGAGUCCCCAACGAAACUCCAGAGCUCUAACUCCAAGAGCCGCGCUGGCCAGGCUGGCCAGGCAUUUCUUCAGCCAAAAGACCUCAAGCUCAUCUUGGAUGACCCACAGGCCUCUCUACCACACAAGGAAGUGCGGAGCAUCCGCUCUCAGGGCCUGGGCCUGGGCUCGCAAGCUAUACCGGCUUCGCAGCCGGAGACCGGCUCGCAAGCGAGGCAGGCAGACGCUGACCUGGAAGCACCACGUGGACAAGCAGAGAAUUCGGAUUCAGGAUUCAACGGCUUCUUUGGCUGUUGCGGCUGCUGCUGCCAAGCACAUCGGCGAGCCAACGCAGCUUCAGGCGUUCGGCAGAAGUGUCCGCCUCCUGAAGGCUCCCAGGGAAGGAUCAUCACAUGCUCCGGCCGCGACCAGCGCAAAGUUUCCGGAAAUCCGAAUCCAGGUGGACUGGCGUGUGGGGACAGCAGUCCGAACGUGGAACGAUAUGCUACGACCGUUGCUGCCGCGGUCAAGCCACCAGCUCCCAGUGCCGGAGUAUACCGUGCUCAACAGCAGAUCUUCAAGCAUGAGGUGCGUGAAGGGGAUGCCGAAGAAGGUUCUCAGCUCCUGGAGAGCAGCGAACAUUCCACGGCACCCGCGGAGAGCCAACACCGUCCAGAAAGCCAGCCAACACCCUUCUGCUGGGAUCUUCCAGUGGCGAAGAUUGAGGAGUCUGUGCCAGACUCGCUGCCUCCAUUCAUAGAAUUACAAGAUCCAGUCGCUCUGCCGGCAUCACCUGCAUCGAUACCGGUGCCAGAUCCGGCUCCCUUCCUGGAGAGUUUGCCGACCCCGUGGUUCAGCCAACCCACGCCCCAAGUGCAGUUGUCUGACCUGCGAUACCUCAGCGAUCUAACUCCCGUGCCACCUAAGCAAGAGGAGGACGGUCUACCAGGCCUACCAAGCUCCAGUAUUCCAGUGCCCGUGGAGCUGGCUCAGGGAGAUCAGAACUGCCAGCGCCAGAUGGCCUCACAAGCCUCGGUUGCAGCGGCACCUGCAGUACCAUCGAAACCUACUGGCGAGACAGCUUGUGAUCCACAGGACUCUCCAUUUGCAACAUCAUUGGACGUACUGUCCUUGACACGAGAUCGGCUCCCUCCAGCCAACUUCAAGCAGGCAUCAGACAUGGCCAAGCCAGACUCCAAUUUCGCAGCGCUGCUGCUGCAGCGCUCUCGCGCAGCUGCUGCCUCCCGCGGUGAGGCGCAAAGGGAUGGAUUCAAGAAGGAACCGCUUCGCAAACAGAGACCGCUGGAAGAUGCAGACUCGAUCGAUUUACCACCUGCCCCGUGUUUGACGGCCGUCGGGCGUGCAACAAUCUGCCGCUGCGCCAGCAACGUCAUGUCAAGCACACUGGCACACAUGUACAUGUACAGCGGUGAUGUAGCAUCAAUACCUACUGCCUCGCCGAAUCAUUACAUCCACGCGGAUGCCCUGCUGUUUGGCCCAAGGAACUCCUACCUACUGUUGCUGAGUGGCAUCAUCAAGCGUUGCUUUGUACAGUGA